AGUCAGACAGCACUGUGUUAGGAAAACGACCUGUGUAGUUUUGUCCCUCCUCUCUCCCUGUAAUUCUGUCUGGUGGUAUGUACACACAAUGACUAUACGUUCCGAAUUUCUUGCCAUCAAAACGUUAGACUAGCACAAUUUUAGAAUGGACAAUCAAAACGUUGUAUAUGAUAAAAACAACACCCGCUGCCCUCUUUUUCUUACGAACUCGGACGACUACAAAUGUGUUCUGAUCAUCCAAGUGAAGCGUGUGACUGCUACCUUCUCUUUAAUAAGUUGCUUUUUCAUGCUCUGUGUGAUAUGGCUAUUUCGGAAGUACAACUCCCUGGCUCAGAAAAUGAUCCUUUGUCUGACGAUAGCUGCCUUCUUCGACAGUAUUGCCUAUGUCAUGGGAGAUGUUCAUCCAGAUGGGGUGCUAUGCAAUUUUCAGGCCUGGUGGCUUACCUACUUUGACUGGUGUUCCUUGGCCUGGGUCUGCCUUAUCACAUUGAACCUCUACCUCAACUUGGUAAAGGAGAUGAAAACAGAUCGCUUUGAAAUACUGUACCAUCUCAUGGCCUGGGGGGUGCCUUUUGUGAUGUCGUGUCUCCCCCUCUUCAGAGACUACUACGGCCCAGCCGGUGUUUGGUGCUGGAUAACAGAUGAUCACGUAGCCUGGAGAUUUGGCAUAUGGUACAUCCCACUGUUCACCCUAAUUUUCCUGAUGACACUCUGCUAUGGCCGAAUCAUAUAUGUGGCCAAGGAACGGGUGCUGUCUUGGUCUGGAACCUUCAACCCAGAGAGAGAGUGGAGAAAGGUGUCGUUAGCUGAGGAGAUAAAGCCGCUCAAGUGGUAUCCGUCAGUAUACCUGAUGGUGUCCCUGUUUCCUCUCAUUAACAGGCUCCACAACGCUUUCAACCCCCUCCAGCCAGUGUUCUCCCUGACUCUUCUGCACGUUAUCUCCGCUCCGCUCCAUGGCCUGGCCAACGCCUUCGUGUUCGGGCUGGAUAAGGACACCUGGGGCCAGCUGAACUUCACCAGCAUUCAGCUGGCGAUACACUCCCGCUUGUGCGACAGGACGCUGAUAAAGGAGUACCGUACCGGGGCUGUGCGCUACGUGCCCCCGGCUGAGGCAGGCUCCUUGGAAUUGGGGGACGAUGAUGACGACGACGACACCACUGUGCUGUUCUACUCCCCGGCCAUGACUCUUAAGGACAGGGGGCCGUGAUGCAGGCUGCCCCCCAGAAGCAGCAUUACCACCACCACUGAGCUAGCUGCCUGUGUGUGGCGGCAGAAAGCAGCAGCAGCGGAUGGGAGGACAGCCCAGGAGACACUGGAGACGAGCUGUCAGCCUUCAUUAUUAAUUCCCAGCUCUUAAUAUUUAAUGUCAUAAAACUGCAGCUCCCCUACGCUUCUGUGGAGUCAUCAGACAUGCAGAGGACAUAUCAAGCUGAGUUCCGGAGAUGGAAAGUGUGGGGGGGGGGGGGGGGUGAGAGAGUGCAGUGUGCGUUGCUUGCUGGCUCCCAGAGCUUUGGAAGGGAUUUAGAUUGUUUUAGUUCAUUAUGCAGACGUGUACAAAUAAUAAUCUUUUUUUUUUAUAUAUAAACAAAUGUAGACAUGCAAACUUAUAAAUGCUGCACGUAUUUAUUUAUAUUAACCUUCCCCGGUAUUUACCACAUUGACAGUUUGCCAGGUCUGUUCAUUUCAUUCAGUGAUAAGCAGACACUUUACAGAACAGUCAGUUUUCUAGAUUUAUAAUAUUCAAGAGAUAAGACAGGCUUUUAUUUUGGUGUGCUGGAGGAGAGAUCCUUGAGAGUUUUGGGCAAUUAACCCUCCCCCUCCCCUUUCUCCAAACAGCAGUGCGCUAAAGUAAACAGCUGCUGUCGGGGCCACACAAGAUCUGUCAGAUCCUGACGUGCUGUUUUGCAAGUCAGAAGUUGCUGUUGCCUCUUGAUUGGCAGGUUGUCCACAGCUGCUGAUCUGGGUUGCAGGAGUCAAGCUUCGGAAGUUUAGUGUUAAGUGAGAACGUGUUCUACUCCCGAGCUGCACCUUUGUGUACAGAUUCAUCUUGUAUCUGUCAGCAGGGACGGUGACCCACAACGGCCUGACCUCAUUUCAACCCUGAAGCCUCAUUUACCCAACCGCAGCAUGGGGGCAGGGGUUCCCUGGAGAUGAACACUCGUAGUCAAUGGACUACGCUAUAUAAUAACAAAUAUAUAGAUGAAUACAUAGGGCAUGUAAAUCAAAGCCUAAAACACUCCCCUGCUUGUUUGCUUUGUUUUACUUACAGAUCACAUGGGAAAAUGUAGCAAAGACCAGAUAAAAUUCUGUCAGCCUAUUUCUUGUUUCUUGUCUUCUGUUGCUGUAUGGCAGCUACGGAGUGCUUAGGGGAGGGGAGGGGAGUGGGGUAAUAACACUAUUGCUUUGGACAUAAGAUGGCAGCCUAAAAUGAAGGCAGCUUUGCACAAGCAGCAGCAGCAGCCUCUCAAGCCUCACACCUCAUUACUUUCCUAAUUUACACAUAACACUUUCACAUGCCAGUCUAUUACUCAUUCAGGGAGAACUGAUUGAGUUAAAAAUGCCUUAGCCAGCAACUAGAAUCGCACAUACUGUUAGUUCCAAUUGUCUGAUUACCUGUUUUAUCUAAAAUUCAGAUUCUUAUAAUUCAGCAUUAUCAUAAGUCUGCUUUAUCUGAAAAGAAAAAGUACUUUCCUAACAGGGUUUUUUCUGUUGUUUUUUACAUAUGUUUAGAAACCAUGCUUUUCUCUCUCAAAUAAAGCUGUGUAUAUACAUAGUGAACCUAAAAAUAUGCCUUUAAUGCAGUAAUUCUAAAUAAUCAAAAAUGAUGACGGGUACAGAUUCGUAAAAUUAAAAUAAGGCUUUAUGUAGUCUAUUAAAGCUGCUAUUUGUAGUACACGUUUAAGUAAUUUUACAUCAUGCUCAAGCAUGAAAUCUUGCCCAGAUGUGCUUUCCUUUUCUUGGGGCAUAUUUUCAAAGUGCUAAUUGUAUAUAUGGAAAUGUUUCCAUAACUUCUGAUACACAGUAGUACGGUGUAAAACAACUAUACAUACCAGUCUGCUUAAACCAAGGUAUUAUUGGAUAGUUGUUGCUUUUCGAUCACAGUCUAACGCUAAUAAAACAAAAUGAUAAUGCAAAAACCUG